AUGGAUCGCUUGCCCAACGAGCUGCACAGCCGACCAGAUCUACAUGAUAUUUGUGAGGAACUCGAUCUCGCUCCUGCUUCGAAGCUGCUGUUCGGAGGGUGCUUAGAACGUCUGAGAGACCUUCUUUGGGUUCAACCGAGCGCAGUGCUCGUUCGAGAUGCCAUGGGAAAGACUCCGCUUCACUGGGCUGCGAGGCUGAGAAACGAUGAAGCUAUAGAUAUGCUGAUCGAAGCUGGUGCGGACAUAGAUGCGGUCGGACACGAUGGAACGACUCCAUUGUAUGACGCACUUCGCGGAUCACACGUAUCACGAACCACUUGCAUCAGAAUGAUCCAAGCUGGCUCAGACGUCAAUCAUAUUACGCCUUAUGGCAAGAGCCCUCUCACCACUGCGGUUGGGUUAAGCUCUUGCGUUUCAGUCAUUGACAUCCUUCUAGAUGCUGGAGCGAACGUGCACCAUGUUUGCAAUGGUCUGCAUCUUCUACAAAUCGCGGCUAAAAAUAGCACACGCUUCGUCUGCGAAGAACUACUAUGCGCAGGCGUUGAUAUUGACGCUCAAACUCCAAUAGGCCAGACGGCUGUCAUGACGGCCGUGCGGCACAACAACCAUCCUGUACUCAGAUUGCUUAUAUACCACGGCGCUCGGCUUGAUACCCUGACAUUUGCAGGGUUCUGUAUCGUGGAUUAUGCAGCCUUUUACGGAGAUAUAGAGACCAUGCAGACACUCGAGCAAGCAUGCAUAGAAGGCCUGCAAAUGGAUGAAACAGCACAGGAAUAUGUUUGGGGGUGUUUCGACGAACGCGAUCUUCAUAUUUACCCACAGGAUCGAGAACCUCUACACGCUGAAGAAGCCGCUUUGCAGGCACUCAUUGACAGCAUUAUACCCACACAAUAUGCCACGUUGGAUGAUGCAUACCACAGGGAUUCCGAUGCUUUCCACAUACCUGGGGCGUUUCCGAUUAAUCUAGACGAGGCCGACUGCGACAGUCAAAUCGCAGAGGUACAAGAGCAGGACGAUGACGACGGAUACGAAGAGAAGAGAGAUAGCGACGAUGAAUCGUGGGUUACCACCGACGGUGACUGUUCAGACGGCGAAGAGGAAAUGGAAGCUGUAAGCGAUGAUGAGGUCGACGAAUUCAUCCAUUUGAGAAACUGA